AUGGCCACAGCAACACCAACUGUGGGCACCUAUGCUCCAAACUAUGCCUGGGUUGGACCUCCAGCAACCUACAAUGGCACAGGAUUUGACGGUGGUGACUCCGCUGUCGAAAAUCUAAACCAAUGGUUCGAUCCCGGAGAUCAAGCAUAUAUCAUCGUCUCAUCAUGCAUGGUCCUCCUCAUGAUUCCAGGACUAGGAUUUCUAUAUUCAGGGCUUGCACGACGAAAGUCCGCUUUAUCAAUGAUCUGGGCCUGUAUGGCCUCAUUCUCAAUUAUAGUAUUCCAAUGGUACCUGUGGGGAUAUUCGCUGGCAUUCAGCUCGUCUGCUACGAACGGAUUCAUCGGAAAUCUGGGUCACUUCGGAUUACAACAUACCCUAGGAACUCCUUCUCCAGGAUCACCGCUUAUUCCUGAAUUGCUGUAUUCUUUCUACCAACUUCAAUUUUGCGCCACUACAGCCGCAAUCGUAAUGGGCGCCGUGGCCGAACGAGGCCGUCUCAUCCCAGCCCUCGUCUUCAUCUUCUGCUGGGCAACACUCGUCUACUGCCCCAUCGCCUGCUGGGCAUGGAACGUCAACGGCUGGGGCUACAAAUAUGGUGUUCUGGACUACGCAGGUGGUGGACCUGUCGAAAUAGGAUCCGGUCUUUCAGCUCUCGCAUACUCCAUGGUCCUCGGAAAGCGUCAAGAGAAGAUGAUGUUGAAUUUCCGCCCUCACAAUGUCUCUCUCAUCACUCUUGGGACGAUCUUGCUUUGGUUCGGAUGGUUGGGCUUCAACGGUGGCUCUGCUUUCGGUGCUAACCUGAGAGCUGUUAUGGCGUGCUGGAACUCUUGCUUGGCUGCUAUGUUUGGUUCUAUCACUUGGUGCAUUCUCGAUUACCGUCUUGCGAGAAAGUGGUCCAUGGUUGGAUGGUGCUCAGGAUGUAUUUCUGGUCUUGUGGCUGCUACUCCAGCAUCUGGUUUCAUCACUCCGUGGGCUUCUGUUAUUCUCGGAAUCGUCACUGGUAUUGUUGCCAACUUUGCUACAAAGAUCAAGUUCUGGAUCCGAAUCGACGACAGCAUGGACGUCUUCGCUGAGCACGGCGUCGCUGGGAUGGUCGGUCUCCUCUUCAACGCCUUCUUCGCCGCCGACUACAUCAUCGGUCUCGACGGCGUCAACACAGGUCUCAUCACCGGCGGCUGGCUGAACCACAACUACAAGCAACUGUACAUCCAAUUAGCCUACAUCGUCGCCGCCACGGCCUACGCAUUCACCAUGUCAGCCAUCAUCGCUUUGAUCAUUAACUUUAUCCCCGGCCUGCACCUCCGCGCCUCAGAAGAAGCUGAACUCCUCGGAAUGGACGACGACCAACUGGGUGAAUUCGCCUACGAUUAUGUCGAGGUCAGGAGAGAUUACCUUGCCUGGACGCCAGCGAGAGAUGAGCCUGAGAAGACGGAGAGUAAUAUCUCGCCUCAGGACAGACAUGGGAUCCCACAACACAGCGAGAUGAUCAAUGGACACUCGCCGGAUCGAUCGCACAGUAAUGGGAAUCACAACGGAGGCAUCAUUGGUGAUCGUCACGGCGUCGCGGCCGAAGAUGAGAUUAAAGAGAAGAGGGGGAUCAAUGGAGCGAAUGGAGCGCAUGCUACUAAUGGCCACCCACGACAGUCUUUGGAAUAG